AUGAGUGAGAAUCAUCGCCCUCGUCAACCCCCUGCCGACCAUGCAGACUGGUUGGAACCCGAGUCGGCGCUAUUCUUUGGCGGUGACUGGGCUGUUCCUGAAGUCCAGUUCACACCGGCUAGCUUUUCCGCGAACACCGACGCCCUGUCUGGUCGCGACGACCAGGCUGAUCUCAGUGCCGGGCCGAUGGCUAAAGUGGCCAUCCCGCGAACGACCCAGUCCAGUUCUUCAAACAGCAGCGGCCGAGUCAGUCACGCUUGUGAAAACUGCCGCGAUGCCAAAGCAAAAUGCAGCGGCCACCAGCCGUGCAACCGCUGCAAGGAAAGUGGGCAGCGCUGCUCCUACGGCGACCGCAGACGCGAGAAGAUGGCCAGACAAUUGAGCGAUCUUACCUCCCAGGUUGAAACCUACGAGGCUCUCCUGCGCGACCUAUAUCCUCGACUUGACACUACUUGCGCCCGCCAUGUCGACCAGACGCUGCCCGCCUUGUCCUCUCUUGUGGCCCGCCCUUCUGAGCCUGUCCAACUCUCAAGUCCGCCGCCAUCUGUGCCUCUGGCUGCUGACAAUACCCCUUCCCUAUUAGGAGUUGUAGACUACACCAAAGAAGACUUCACCCGCGAUGAACAACUUCAGGCCAUGGGGUUUGUCGGCGAGCAUUCGGAGAUGGCAUGGUUGUUCCGACUCAAACGCGAUCUCAACCAAGCUAGCAGCUCGACGCCCAACGCCACUCCCACCGAUGCGCCAUCAAUCAUCUCCGUGAACUAUUUCCAAGACGAAUCAGACAUUUCUGUACUUGCCGAUGUGGAUCCAUUCGUCGGGCCGCCGUAUGCCGUUGCGAAACAGCUCACGGAUUGCUAUUUCGAUAGAGUGCAUCAUGCCUUUCCGGUGAUUGGGAAAAAGUUCUUUCUGAAUCAGUGGGAAAGUGUCUAUUCGAAUCCGAACUUGCGGCCUUGGAAACCUUGGCUGGGUGUGAUGAAUAUGGUGCUCGCUAUUGCCAGUAGGCAUUUACUACUCGUCGAAGAUCAACCUCCGGGUGACCCUAAUGAACAUGUGGUGUACUUUUCCAGGGCGUGGCGACUCAGCAUGGGCGAUACCGCAUUGCUGGACCAUCCCAACGUGGUUAAGGUGCAGUUUGAAGGGCUCACAGCAUUCUAUCUCCUGUCAAUUGGACAAGUCAAUAGAGCAUGGCGAAUGAUUGGCAUUGCAAUCCGAUCGGCCGUUACAAUAGGUCUCCACCUUCGCAGCGAAACUGAUACUAUUCCACACGAAUCGAAAGAGACAGUGUAUCGAGUUUGGUGGGCUCUUUUCAUGUUGGAUACGGUACUCUGUGAGAUGACUGGCCGUCCGCCAAGUAAGAUUUUCAGCACCACGCCUCUCCCCACCCCCUUCAAAGAGGAAGAGUUGAACGAUCAGCAUGUCGCGCGCUUUAUUAUGGACAAGGCAAUCCGGGAUAAGCUGGUGUUAUUGCUUUUGUCCAGGGGUCCAGGGUGUUUGCCGAACGAAAGUUUGGCAGAUCGCAUACAUCGGGUGCGGUUAGAACUUACCGGGGAGGAACAAGGCGAGCAUGGCACAGAUCUUUUGACCGAGACUCUCACGACCAACAUCUCGCUGUACUUCUUGUACGCAGUCGAUCUGGCUUUUCUCAUGCGGGAGGCCAUUGACAGACUGUAUGCCCCAUCAGCAAACCCACAAUCAUGGCUUGAGAUCGAAGACAUCAUCUCUUUACUCAUCACCAAGGCCGACAACUGGCACACACGAUUGCCAUUGGAGUUCCAGUUUACGAACAUGGACACCGGCCGACCCCUGGCGCGCCAGCGCAUCUCCCUCGCCUUCCGCUUCUACACCACCAAGCUCAUGAUCUCCCAGCCCUGUCUCUCCCGCUGCGUGGCUCCUCCCCAAGCCAAAGCCGAACCUACCAGUGCCCGGUGCAAUUCCAUAGCAUCAAUGUGCAUCGAAAUGGCAACUCAAAUGCUUGGGAUUCUCCCCGAUGAGCCAACCGACCAUAAUAUGGCUCUCUUCUACAACUUUAGCCCCUGGUGGUGUGUUCUCCACUAUGUAGUGCAGUUAACGACCAUCCUCUUGGUCAAGUUAUCCCGCACUAUGCCUGGAAGCGAGGAAUCGAUCAAUCUUGUGGGUAAAGUCAAGAAGGCCACCCGAUGGAUUCGCAAGAUGUCUUUUAAAGACCCCUUCUCACAGCGAGCCUGGGUUGUCUGUGAGGAGCUUCUUUCCCAGCUUGGCCCGAGAUUAGAUUUAGAUGUUGACGCCGGCAUUUAG